CUGAAUUCUGUGAUGAACAUGGAAUAAGAAGAGAGUUCACAGCACCCUACACCCCUGAGCAAAAUGGGGUGGCUGAAAGGAAGAACAGGACAGUUGUAGAAAUGGCUAGAAGUAUGCUUAAAGCCAAGAAUAUGCCAACCAAGUUCUGGGGUGAAGCUGUAUCUACAGCUGUAUACAUUCUGAAUGUGUGUCCAACUAAGGCAGUCCUCAAUUGUACACCAUUUGAAGCAUGGAGGAAAAAGACACCCUCAGUAGGUCAUAUGAAAGUGUUUGGUUGCAUAGCUUACACUCUUGUGAACCUGAGAACCAAGCUAGAAGACAAAGCUGAGAAAUGCAUCUUUGUGGGGUACUCAACUCAGUCCAAGGCCUAUAGACUGUAUAAUCCCCUUACUGAGAAGAUCAUUAUAAGCAGAAAUGUCAUUUUUGAUGAAGAUGCAGAGUGGAACUGGGAUCAGAAUGCUCAACAAGAAGUUCCAACACCCAGAGUUGUAAGCCUAGAAGAACAGUCUUCUCCUCAGCUCACUCCAACUGCAUCCAACCACUCUUCUCCUCCAACAACAUCAUCAUCCUCAUCUUCUGAUGAAAGCUCAGAAUCUGACACCUCAUCAAGUGAUCAGCCUAGAAAAGUAAGGUCACUAAUAGAUAUCUAUGAAUCUUGUGACUUUGCUUUUAUUGUUACUGAACCUGCAGACUAUCAAGAAGCUGCUACUUGUGUUGAGUGGACACAAGCAAUGAAAGAGGAGAUCAAUGCUAUUGAAAAGAACAAGACCUGGGAGUUGGUGAACCUGCCUAAGGAGAAAAAUGUCAUUGGUUUGAAGUGGGUGUACAGGACUAAAUACAACUCAGAUGGGAGUAUCUCUAAGCAUAAGGCUAGACUAGUAGCCAAAGGUUAUGCUCAGCAAGAAGGGGUGGACUAUGAAGAAACCUUCUCUCCUGUAGCUAGAUUUGAAACUGUGAGGAUUGUUCUAGCCCUAGCUGCACAAUGGAAGCUGCCUGUAUAUCAGUUGGAUGUCAAAUCAGCUUUCCUAAAUGGUGACUUGCUUGAAGAAGUGUUUGUUCAUCAGCCACCUGGCUUUGUGAAGAAAGGGGAGGAAGAAAAGGUGUACAGGCUCAAGAAGGCACUUUAUGGGCUAAAACAGGCCCCUAGAGCAUGGUAUAGCAAAAUUGACACCUUCUUCUGCACGUCAGGAUUUCAGAAGAGUGAUAAUGAGCCCACUUUAUAUGUCAAGAAAGAAGGUAUGGAGUUCCUAGUUGUGUGCCUGUAUGUUGAUGAUAUCAUCUUUUUCAGUUCUUCCCAAAGCAUGCUAACCUCUUUUAAAGAUUCCAUGACCAAUCAGUUUGAGAUGACUGAUUUGGGUAUGCUUCAGUACUUCCUUGGUUUAGAAGUAAAGCAGGGAAAAGAGGGUACUUUUCUAUGCCAGAAGAGAUAUGCUCUUAACCUGCUUAAAAGAUUUCACAUGGAGGCGUGUGAAACCAUAGCUACACCUAUGAAUGCAAGUGAAAAACUACAGAAGAAUGAUGGUACUGAGGAGGCAGAUGUCACCCUUUAUAGAAGCAUGGUGGGAGGACUCAAUUACUUAACACAUUCAAGGCCUGAUUUGGCUUACUGUGUUAGUAUUGUGUCAAGAUAUAUGCAAAGGCCUACAAAGCAACAUCUUGGUGCUGCAAGAAGGAUCCUGAGAUACGUAGCAGGGACUUUGGAGUUUGGGAUUUGGUAUUCAAGUGUGAAAGAUUUCAAAUUAAGGGGAUAUUCUGACAGUGAUUGGGCUGGGUGUGUGGAUGAUAGAAAGAGCAUGUCAGGGUCAGUCUUUGACCUAGGUUCAGGAGCAGUAACAUGGAGUUCAAAGAAGCAAGAAACCAUUGCUUUAUCUUCCUCAGAAGCUGAGUAUGUGGCUGCAGGAUCUGCAGCAAAACAAGCUCUAUGGAUAAGCAAGCUACUAACAGAUUUGGGAUGUAUGCAGACUGAAAGUGUUGAGCUAUGGUGUGACAACAAAUCAGCUAUAGCAAUGGCGAGAAAUCCAGCUUAUCAUUCUAGAACAAAACACAUUGAUGUCCAGUAUCACUUCAUCAGGCAACUAGUGGCAAAUGGAAGGAUUUCACUUCGGUUCUGUGGAACAGAAUGGCAAAAUGCAGACUUGUUUACAAAGGCUCUCAACCAUGCGAAGCACUAUCAUUUUGUGAAGAGAAUUGGCAUGAUCAAGCUUGGAUCAAGGGGUGGUGUUGAGAAUAAUCCAACUUAAUCAUGCAUGUGUACAUGCAUACGUAGCAUUGGGCUGUUUUAUUUAAUAUUCAUUUAAUUAUUGUCAUUUGAAUAAGUCUACUAUUCUUACCUAUUAUUUAGGAGCAUUUGCAGCAUGAUAGUUGAGUUGUUUUGCACGUUAGAGUAUGGCUACAAAGUAGGAGUUUGUUAGCUUGUUAUGUGGCCAAGAACUCUUGUAAUUGGCUAUAUAUAUUAAGCCUUUUGUUUCUCAUUUUAAUAGAUGAGCUUUCCGAUUACAUUUGCCUUCCUCCUUCUUCGUGUAUAAACUCUUUCAACAUUCACAAGAGAUAGCAGAAGACUUCGUUGCUUCCGACAUCUGAAGCGACUUCUGUUUUCAUCAGUCAGUUCAUGCAAUUUUGGACGCGAUUUUCACUAUGGGUCAUCCAGAAAUAGUCUCUCUGUGCUUUAGUAGAGGGGUAAGAUUGCGUACAUCCGACUCCCCUUAUCCACCGUAGGUGGGAGCCUUUGCGGCACUGGGAUAAAUGAAAUGAAAGUCGUACGGCUGACUUAGUUUGAAUGUCGCGACCUAUAUUUAGAAACUGAUGGAUAGGAGCGGUCCAUCGAAAUUUUGGGCACGGCCCCAAACAAACAAGCAGAAACGUUGUAUCUCCACAAACGCGUUGAAUCGAACACAUUAUAGUCAACAGAGUACAAUUAAUGAAGGUUGGGCUUAUUAGCUUACGACUAAUGAUGUGCCUAUUUAUAACACACAUAUUCCCAACGUACUUUUAAUUAUAAUUGCUUUUAAA